AAAAUUGUAUUUGCCUCCUUUGCUAUCCAUAAUUGAAUUAAAGUUGUAAAAUGCCUGGGAGUUUAACACUGACCGGGCAGGUUUUCAGUAGGUUGUCAUUGUGGGCUUUUUUUUUCUUCUCCGAAGAACUGUUGGUUAAUGGAUGAAUGGAUCUGAUCGAGCUGAGAAAAAAUAUGCUAGAUACAUGCCUUUGAGUAAGAUUUCUGCUGCCUUUAUGCAGUGAAGCCUUUCUGCUUUGAGUAAUUCCGAUCCAGUUGACAUCUGGUCAGAAUUAGAGAGAGAUUCACGGAGACUUCCGAUUUCUUGCUGCAUGAUUGCCUUUGCUGCAAGUGCUAGUUUUGCAGCCUUGAACCUCAUGCCACAGGAGAUGUCUUGCAGUACUGAGACUUCUCAUUUUUUAGGAUGCGUUCCUCCAAACCAGAGUUGUGUCAUUAGGAUUAGAGCUCUGAGGUGGACGAUAGAAAAUGCAAGCCUGCUCCAAGAUCCCAGCAUUUAAGCCUGAUGAUUUAUUAGACUUCCCCUACCGACACACAAAAUGCAUUUAUUUUCUCUAUUCAUAUUGCUUUUAGACUAGUAGAAGAAAGCCACGAGGAGUCAGAAAGAUGGCAAAUAAAAGGAAUGGAUUUGUUUCCAGCUAGGUGGAAUUCGGACAUUAAAUUACUGACGUAGGUCAAUGGUAGGGUUUCCCUUCUACCCUCCUCGGCUUUUAAUCAGCCUGAGUGUCUUCUCCCCUAAAGGAUGAAGAGCACUGACAGCCAUCGCUGCUUAUAAUCAGUAACUGAUGUUUGGAGUGUUGGCAAUGAGAUAUUUUCAUGAGACCUAUUUAGAUCUUUCCACUUCUACCAGGCUAGUUUUGCAGAACAUUGGGAAUAAGCGCUAUGUCAGAUAUGGAUGAGACUCCGAAGAUGACCUGCAUGUUUUACAUUUUUCACAAAUUUUGGGAAAUAAAAUGUAUGCUUGCUGCUCUACAGUAACUUUGGAACAGGACCUCAACAAAAAAAUGCAUAUCUGGAUGCUGCAGACGAUCGCAUUUGCUUUAACAUCACUAGUCCUUUCCUGGGCAGAAAGCAUCGAGUAUUAUGGGGAAAUCUGUGAUAAUGCGUGUCCUUGUGAGGAGAAGGACAGCAUCUUAACAGUGAGCUGUGAAAACAGAGGGAUCAUCAGCCUUUUUGAGAUCAGUCCUCCAAGGUUCCCUGUUUACCACCUCUUGUUGUCUGGGAACCUUUUGAACAGGCUGUACCCAAACCAGUUUGUCAAUUACACAGGGGCUUCGAUUUUGCAUCUGGGGAGCAAUGACAUACAAGACAUUGAAACUGGGGCCUUUCAUGGUCUGAGAGGUUUAAGGAGGCUGCACUUGAACAAUAACAAGUUGGAACUUUUACGGGAUGACACUUUCCUUGGGCUAGAGAGUUUGGAAUACCUACAGGUCGAUUAUAAUUAUAUUAGCGUCAUUGAACCCAAUGCCUUCAGCAAACUGCAUUUGUUGCAGGUGCUGAUUCUCAAUGAUAACCUCCUCUCCAGCUUGCCCAACAACAUUUUCCGUUUUGUGCCCUUAACUCACCUGGACCUGAGGGGUAACCGGCUGAAGCUGUUGCCCUAUGUGGGCCUUCUGCAGCACAUGGAUAAGGUGGUGGAGCUGCAGCUGGAGGAAAACCCCUGGAAUUGUUCUUGUGAGUUGAUUGCUCUAAAGGAUUGGCUGGACAGUAUUUCAUACUCUGCUCUGGUGGGAGAUGUGGUUUGUGAGACCCCUUUCCGCUUACAUGGUCGAGACUUGGAUGAAGUCUCUAAGCAAGAGCUUUGCCCCAGGAGGCUCAUCUCUGAUUAUGAAAUGAGACCUCAGACACCAUUGAGCACUACAGGGUAUUUCCACACUACCCCGGCCUCAGUCAAUUCUGUGGCCACUUCUUCUUCAGCUGUUUACAAAUCUCCCUUGAAGCCUCCCAAGGGGACCCGCCAACCCAACAAGACAAGGGUGCGCCCCACCUCCCGCCUGCCCUCAAAAGACCUGGGAUACAGCAACUAUGGCCCCAGCAUUGCCUACCAGACCAAAUCCCCGGUGCCUUUGGAGUGCCCCACUGCCUGCACUUGCAACUUGCAGAUUUCUGACCUGGGCCUCAAUGUCAAUUGUCAAGAGAGGAAGAUUGAGAGCAUUUCUGAACUGCAGCCCAAACCCUAUAAUCCUAAGAAGAUGUAUUUGACAGAAAACUACAUUGCGCUGGUACGCAGGGCAGAUUUUGUGGAUGCCACUGGGCUGGAUUUGCUGCAUCUGGGCAAUAAUCGGAUCUCGGUCAUUCAGGACCGGGCUUUUGGGGAUUUAACUAAUUUGCGAAGGCUGUACCUGAAUGGGAACCGGAUUGAGCGGCUGAGCCCAGAGCUGUUCUAUGGGCUGCAAAGCCUGCAGUACCUCUUCCUGCAGUACAACGUCAUCCGGGAAAUAGAGGCAGGCACCUUUGAAUCUGUCCCCAACCUUCAGCUCUUGUUUUUGAACAACAAUCUGCUGAGGUCUUUGCCAGGGAACAUUUUUUCUGGUCUGUCUCUCUACAGGCUGAGCCUGCGGAGCAACCACUUCUCCUACCUGCCAGUGAGCGGGGUGCUGGACCAGCUGAAAUCCCUGCUGCAGAUCGACCUGCACGAGAACCCCUGGGACUGCACCUGCGAUGUGGUGGGCAUGAAGCUGUGGCUGGAACAGCUCAACACAGGUGUCCUGGUGGACCAGGUUAUCUGUGAGUCCCCUAAGAAGUUUGCCCAGAGCGACAUGCGGGCCGUCCGGGCGGAGCUGCUGUGCCCCGACUACUCGGACAUCGUCGUCUCCACGCCCACGCCGUCCCCGGGCCAGCUGCCAGCCAGGACCACCCCCUCGUCCUCCACCGUGCGCCUCAAUGGCACGGCGGCGGCGGGCGGCUCCGCGCCCGCGGGCGGCGCCGGCGGCGGCAGCUCCUCGGUGCCGCUCUCGGUGCUGAUCCUCAGCCUGCUGCUCGUCUUCAUCAUGUCCGUCUUCGUGGCAGCGGGGCUCUUCGUCCUGGUGAUGAAGCGGCGCAAGAAGGGCCAGGGCGACCACGCCAGCGCCAACAACUCCGACGUGAGCUCCUUCAACAUGCAGUACAGCGUCUACAGCGGAGGCGGCCACCACCACCACCCCCACCUGCAGCAGCACCCGCCCCACCGCGGCGGCGGCAGCGGCGGCAGUGGGGGCGCGGCGCUGCCCAAGGUGAAGACGCCCGCCGGCCACGUCUACGAAUACAUCCCGCACCCCCUGGGCCACAUGUGCAAGAACCCGAUCUACCGCUCCCGGGAAGGCAACUCGGGCGAGGAUUACAAAGACCUUCACGAGCUCAAGGUCACCUACAGCAGCCACCCCCUGCCACCCGGGGGAGGCGCGCCGCCGCCGCCCCCGCCGCCAGCGCCCGGCGGGGAGGACGCGCCGGCGCGCAGCCCCGCGUACAGCGUGAGCACCAUCGAGCCGCGGGAGGAGCUGCUCUCGCCGGUGCAAGACGCCGAUCGCUUUUACAGGGGCAUUUUGGAGCCCGACAAACACUCCCCCUCCACGCUGGGUACACCCGGCUCCACCCUCCCCGACUACCCCAAGCUCCCCGCCGCCUACACCUACUCCCCCAACUAUGACCUUAGGCGUGCCCACCAGUACUUGCACCCGGGCCCGGGGGACGCCAGGCUCCGGGAGACGGUGCUCUACAGCCCCCCGAGUACUGUCUAUGUAGAGCCCAACAGGAACGAGUAUCUGGAGCUAAAAGCAAAACUAAACGCAGAGCCGGACUACCUCGAAGUGCUGGAAAAACAGACCACAUUCAGCCAGUUCUGAGAAACAGCCCCCCCCGCCCCCCGCCAGUCUCAGCAGCUCCUUCUCUAGAGUAUUUGUAUUUAAUAACCACACGCAAAACAAAGAAACGUAAAUGCUGACCUCCCUACACACACACACCUCGCCCCCCUCCUCUUUUCCUCCCCUUUAAUUCAUUUUAUUGUAGGGUGAAGUGCCUUGGCACAGGACUUUUCAGCUUCGGGGAAUGAUUCUGAAAGGGUGUGCUGUUCAGUUUGGUUUGGUUUUUUUUCUCUGUUACUGCAUUUGGAAGUCGGAAACCACCUAUUGUGUAAAAUGGGCACAAGGCUGGCAUUGUGCGGGUGUCCAUGUGUGUUUGGGGAAGGUGGCAGGAGGUUUCAUGGUUUCUUAUCAGAUCACAUUCAGGUCGUGCUUGUUUUUAUUUUUUGUUUGUUUGUUUGUUUGUUUGUUUCCUUUUUUUACGGACAUUCUUUAUUUUAGUUUUCUCUCUGGUUGAAGAGUACGGCGCACAUUUUCCCCUUUUAGCCAUGGGUGAGUCUAAAUGGCUUUUAUGGAGAGAUUAGCACACCCCGACUUUAAUACAAGGUUUCCUUUUUUUAAGGAUGUGUUUGUAUACUUUCUGGACUUUUGAAUUAAAAAAAUAUAUAUUAUGAUCUUUAAAGGGAUCACUGUAGAUGUGGACAAAUCAUUAAAGAGUGCAGAGAUAUAUGAUCCAUAACUGGUUAGUGAAGAUAACUUAUUGAUGAAAUAUUAAAAAAAAAUAUUUUAUUGUAGCACCUAUUUUUAUAUGCACAUUAGCAUUUCUCUUUCCUUCACUAUUUUAGGGCCUAAUCUUGCAAAUUUUUAACUCACUUGAGUAUCUGUAUUUGUGAAAGAAGUCCCAGCUUAGGCCUUCAUCCUGCAGGCACUUAAGCACAUGAACAACUUUACCAAUGCGUGUAGUUCUGGAGACUCACUCAUUGAGCAAAGUUAGUCAAAAGCCCAAAAAAUUAGGAUAGAGGAUGCAGAAUUCUUCUUACAAGUAAAAAUACUGGAAUGUUUAAGUGUUUCCUUUUUUUGUUUCUUUUUUUUUUUUUUUAUUCUCCUUCCCAGGAUGGGGUCCAAAGUCUGUGGAUUGCUUUAAAGUGUUGCACUACAGUGAAAGCUUUUUUUUCCCAAAUCUGAUAUAGUAUUAGAAGGACCUUUUAAAUCUCUAUAGAUAAUGUCGGUUAUGACCAAAUCUUAACAGACAAUCUGAGAUAUAAAAGCUGAUCACAAUAGAAAAAAAAAAUCAUGUUUCUCUAUUGAAAAAAUGUAUCUUUUAGCAACCUCCUGCUCAAGAGUCUGGUUGGGCAAACUAGUGAGGGACAUGCAGAAGACAUUCAUUGUAUCAGUAAACAAAGUUUCAUUUUUGAUUUAUCAGUUUCAUUUCUUUUUUUUUUAACUUUGUAUUAGUUAACCAAAAUAUAAUGAUUUUGCAACUGUUGUAGCCAGUUUAUGAUUGUUUAGUCGAGUACAAUUGCACUUGUACAGAUCCACAUGUUUACUGGCAUCCUGAAAGACCAAAAGAUGGACUGUACACAUCUCUAUAAAAUGUCUUUACCCCUUUGGGCAGCAGGCAAUGGCAAGGAUAUUCAUAAACACAGCAUCACUGUAAGAUGGGACAACUGAUGUCUCAUAUGUAUCCCAGCACAUGUGAUUUUUUAACAGUUUCUGAAUAAACACUUGGUAAAUAUUUCAAAUGUAAGAUCCUGAAGUAAUGAGUAUCUGAACUUUAAAAUUUCUGGCCAAAAUAAUCUGUUUGUGCGUUGGAUUCUCUUUACUAGCACUUAAGGCUCAUCAAAAAGAUCUAAUGUUUCUAGGCAAAACAUAAUGCGGUCUCUGUUUUCAAAACAUGACGUGGCAAUUACCAGCAUAUAUAACAGGGGUCAGAAAGCAACACAGGCAUUUAUGUUUCAACAGCAUAUUGAAUAGGGUCGUUUUAUAUUUACAUUUUGUUUCCUUACUGAGGUGUUCUUUAAUAUAUGGAACAGGGCAAGUGAUAUUUCACAUGUGUUUUCUUUCUUCAUUAGGUUUAUAUAUUUAAUAUUGUUUCCAGAGUUGCUCACUAGUACAUCUUUUAUUGCAAAAGGGCUCUGUUCUAUUCUGCUUUUCCUACCCAUGUACAAUCUGUCACUUUCUACAAAAACAAAGCUGUAUAACCGGUCUGUUCAAAUUCAAGAAAAAUGUUUUCUUGGCGUGUGUUCUUCCCUCUAUGCCACCCACACUGAGCAAAA